GUUGUCAGCCUGUUGCGUUCGUUUUUUUUCAAAUACCAUCGCGGCAGGAUUAUAAAAAAAUAGAAAAUAAAAGUGACCAAAAAAUAAUAAAAAUAAAUUGUUAUAUUUUACGCGCUUAGCUUGUGAAAAAGAAAAAAACUAAACUAAUUUAUUAAUAACGUGACCUGUAUAGCGUGUAUGUGUGUGAAUUAAAAGUUAUUUUUAAAAUAUUUAAAAAUAUAACAGUCCUAUAAACAGUCCACAAAUUUGGAUUUAUUGUGUUAGUUUUGUAGGUGGUUUUUAUCUUACACCUAUUUAAAGUUAAUGAAAUAUUUUUUUAGACCCUUCAGGAAUUGAGUGUAAAAAAAAAUCCAACACGAACCUUAACAUUUUGCGGUAGUCCAUUGUGUGCGUGUUAUUUGUGAGUUUUUAUAAAAGAAACCGUAUUUCCAAAUAAUCUGUUGUUGUUGUUUUCUAAUAUCAUUCUGUAAUUUUACUGGCAGGCAAUUUGUAUCUUUUGCUGUCGCAAUAAAUUUGUUAAUUUUAACAACAAACGUGUGUGCAAUUUAUUUCGAACAACGAGCGAAUCGAAAACAGACAAUAACAAUUUUUUAAUUUGUUUGCCUGUGAAUUAACAUUUUGAUUUAUAACCUGUUUAACAACAUUUUGUAACAUUUAAGGUCCUUCUUUUUUGUGCAUAAGUGUCAAAAAAAUAAAUAAAACCACCUACUUGAAACAUCCCGGCCGCAAUUGAAUUGUAGCUGUCUUAUUUUUAACGUUUAUUGGAUUAAUUUAAAACAGCAAUUUAUUUCACCAUGAAAGCCGCAACGUGGCUGUGUCCAGUCUUAACACUAUUGUGUGCUACAAAACUCGUUUAUACCGCACAGAGAGGAAGUUACGCUGGUUAUCCAUUGGAUGACAUGGAUUCGCAAUUGUUACAGAAUGACUACUUCCGUUCGAAACGUAACAAACCAUCGUUGUCAAUUGUAAAUCCACUGGAUGUUUUGAGGCAACGUUUGUUACUGGAAAUAGCUCGUAGGCAAAUGAAAGAGAAUUCGAGACAGGUGGAAUUGAAUCGAGCCAUAUUGAAAAAUGUGGGCAAACGUAUGGCUAACAAAUAUGCUUCACCACUGACUGCAGCACUCUACGAUGAUGUACAUGAAACACAACAGCGGCAACAGCAAAUGCAACAUUUGCCACCCUAUGAAUACGAAUUAAUACCCACAACAUUAAUUUUUGAUUAUCUACAACAACAGCAGCAACGACAUCCUUGGUUGCCAUACGAAUCCAGUGCAACAUCGUUCGAUAACAAUUACAUUAACGAUGCUCUUACUUCAUCAUCCUCAGAUGCUGACGAAGGGACUGGUGAGGAGAAUGGUGAACAGGACAUAAUGUUAUUUAAUGGGGUAUUGGGCAAUAAUGACAAACAUUCCUUGAAACAUAUAAAACAAUCAAAUGAUGGGCAUAACUCCCCAGCAAAUGAGCCACGUGAAAUGGCAACAUUUGAGAAAUCAAUCAAUAGCAACAGUAACGAUAAUACAAAACGUUUAACAUUGAUUAAUAAUCAUCAACUUCAUCAUCAUAAGAAUGAUUUGAACCUAGAUCUUAAUGAUGCAAAUCCAAUAUCUUCGAAUCCAAAUGCAAAUGAUUUUAAAAAUGAAGUAAAUGAUAAUUCUGGUGAUUAUCAGAUACAACGUUAUUUGUAUCAUUUGCAUAAAAAUCAAAAUCAUUUAACGAGAAAGUAAAUUUAUUUGAGCAAAACUUCCCACAAACACAACACAACCACAACAACGCUUUUUAACUCCACCCCCUCCUACUCCCCAAACGGUAUGUUUAUUUUAUUGAUAAAGUAAAAAAGUUAAAUUCCUUCUAUAAAUUUACAUAAAUACUCGACAUUAUUGUUAAACUCUUAAAGACAAUUAUUAUUAAAGAAAAAAAAAAAAGUAAAAUUACCUUAAUUCUAACCAUGUUAUAAGGCUUAAUAACGAAUAAACGAUUAAACAAUUUUUUGAGUGUAUUGUAUUGCUUAAUGUGUUAAGUAGUAAUUGUACAACAACAACAUUAUGAAAAUAUUAUAAUAACUAACAUAUAAAUAUUUAUAACUAGGGAAUACAUGUUUUAAAACAGAAAGAAAAAAAAAAUCAAAAAUAUAAUUAAUUGC